AUGAGCAUAUCGAAACGAGAGCAAAUUGAGCGGCUGGAGAUGGCUCCGGCGCUUAAACAGCUUAUGGAUACCAUUGUCAACACCCCCACUAACCAAUUGGUGCCGGUGUUGGCGCUGAACAUGCGCUGGGAGCGCCCCGAGGGCGACCUUCUCCAGUGGGUCCCGGUGCUUAACCGGUUUGACGAGGUGUUGGAGGCAAUCACGACCCGCUACGGGCUUGAUGAGACCUAUCCUCGCCUCCAGGUGUUUUCUCCAGAGGAUGAAGCGGUGGCCUCGGCCGUGUUACAAUACACCUUCCUCAUCCUCGACCACUGCCUCGACCGCCAGCUCUACAAUUCUGGCGAACGCAUCUACGCCCUCUUGCAAACACCCACGGUGCUGGUGCGGUUAUACGCCACCCAGGUAGCGGUGCUCUUGGGCGAACGCUACGCCCGCACCUCCCACGCCAAGUUCGCCGCCCCGAAACCGGCUCGCCACACCGUCCUCGACCUCAGUCUCAGUUACCCGCCCCAGUUGCCCAGCAAAUACGCCCAGCAGGUGACGAAAAUGCCCAACAGCGACGCGCAACCGACGAUUCUCAACGAUACUUACGCCUAUAUCGAUACCUUGAAUCCCGCCAAAAACUACCCUAAGGAGUGGAAACGCCUUCAUUAUGAGUACUACUACGAAGCCGAAAACGAUGACACCACAAAAACUACCAGCAAAAAGCCCCGCGAAGGCCUCACUCAGUUUACCCUUAGCGAACAGGAAGUGCACCAGUUAUCUUACCAACAGAUUCUCGAUCGGGCGCUGGAGGCGGUGCCCCCAGCCCACUGGCCUACUGUACUGCUAGCUGCUGCUACUGCUAAAGCGUUUAAUCUGAACCUGUACGAAGCGCUUGACUUACGCGCCCAACUCCUAGCCACUAAAGCCUAUGGAGUGGCAUUUCUCACUAACGCUUGUCUGAAUCAGUUUGUUGCUAGCAAGUUGUUUGAAGCUGAGGUACUGAUAUUCAAAUUCUUCACCGACUUGGUUGCUCCCGAGAACCGGGCGCCUCCCCUUGUAUCGUUGCUGGCGAUGAAGGCAUUUCAAUGCAUUUCCGGGAAACGGAUGUGGGCGCUGGAUCUUGUGCGGAGCAUGGGCGGCAGUGUUUCCCACGGCGUCCUCUUUGAAAUCAUUCGGUGGUUUCAUCAUAAUGUCGUCAAUAAUCUUGAGUACUGCGAGGAGAUGGCCGUUCUCUUCUUUAACGUUGUCGGCAACUUGAUUCGCACCAAGGCGAGCGUACUGAGACUUGCUCUGGGCGGGUUACUUGCGGAGUUGAUGGGGUUUCUUCGCUUAUGCACCCAGGAAGUCACCCACCACCACCGCACGGUGCUGGCCGCCAUCUAUCUUUUGGUGCUUUUCCUCGAAAGCUGUCCCGACGAGUUGGACGAGUUUGUCAAUCAACACGGGUUUGGCUUGCUUAUCGAUGCAGUGUCGUUCCAGACUCAGUACGCUCUUGACCAUCCGCAAGGACCACCGACUGACGCUGUGGUUACCUAUACUUUAGGGUUCCGCCAGGCCGAGCUUCUAGAGAUGCUUUUUGGCCUUGCACGCCAACUCAUUCAGCUUGAUAUCGGUGAUCGUCUCCGCAACUUGUUUGACCUGCCAUUACUUAAUAAUUUCAACCAAGUCUUACGUCAUCCAAAGAUAUUUGGCGCUUCCCUUGUGGCAACCACAAUUGAUCUGGUUUACUAUAUCAUUCAUAAUGAGCCCACUGCAUAUUCUAUCUUGAACGAAGCCGGGGUGAUUGAGGCUAUCGUCGCUAACUAUGGAGAUCUAUUCAUGCCUGACGAGGAAGUCGUUUCCGCGUUGACAAAUAUCUUCCUGGCAAUUUGUUUGAAUAAGGAAGGGCUCAAAAUGGUGGUUGAUCGCAACCUUGUGGGCGUCUACUUUGAGCAGUUUAUGCGGCUCGAUGUGGCGGCAGCAGUGCUUCGAGAACUGGCCAGUCACGCCGUGGUCCUGCUAGGGUGUGCCUUUGAUGAAUUAGGCAGGCACCACCCCGAGCUUAAGCCUGAGAUUGUGAAACAGGUGGCGAAGCUAGUUGAGAAACUCCCUAAAUUCGUUGACGAACGUCUCCAAGGUAUCGAAUACUGUGCAUCAGAUGAAGGAGAAGUACACUCGUGGAGUAAUACACCGUGGACUUACGUACUUGAUUUUGCUUUAAGCUUCCUUGGUGGAACAAUGGAGGGUACCGGCUGGGCACUGGAGCUUCGCACGGCUAUCCCGUUUGAAAACUGGCUCAACUUCCUCACUAUUCGCCAUGUGCCUUACGAUUUCUGUCGUCUGGAAGGUGUGCUGACGUGGAUGGGUUUCCUCAAAAGUCUUGAUGAAGGUGAUCGUAAUUAUGCCUUACCUCACAUUAUCAGUGAGAUCUCGCGAAGGCUUCAGCUGGACACGCUACAACGAUUCUUGACCUGGAACCUGAAGUCUGAUCUGUUUUUCAAUUCAUUGGCACCGGAAGAAGCCACUCUCCACUUGCAGGAUAUCAUGACGGUGGCCAACUUGCUUUUUGCCAUUCUGGAAAACUUCAUCCAUCCCAGCAUCGCUGGCUUUGAACGAGUGGCCCAAGUGGCAGCGAUUUUUGACCACGAAUACCCCAACUUGAUUGGCCUCAUGGGACAGUUCUUCCUGAGAGUAGUGCUUGAGGAGACGUUGUGGAGACAGCUGUUGAGUCCCAGUGACAUGGAAAACCUGACGCCGGCGUCUGAUCUUGCCACCUACCCGAUGCUUGUGUGGGUGCUAGCUCCCGGGUGCGACCCGCUGAACCAGAAACCCGCUGACUUGACCAACAAGUCCGCGGUGUUCAAGAAUGCUCUUCAAAUUCGCCACCUUAUGGUGCUGGUAGCGCUGCUGAUUGCCCCGAUAUUUUCUGGUCUCACUUUGCUUCCCAUGAUGAGACGUAAUGAUUUCAAGCAUGCUGAUACGCGUCGGUCAACGGUGGCAGUUACGAUCAAACUUGCCCACGCCUUGUGUGGAUUAUUUAUUGACCCUACUGAGUUUGCCGACCCGCAGAUGUACUAUGGGUAUACCCUCUAUGCCAGUAACAUGCUAUUCGAAUGUGUCUACCACAAAACUCGCGUGGAACUGAACGUGCAGCCACUGAUCAUGCUUGCUCUCGCUGAAGCUAACGCGAUGAAAUACGUAUGUGACCAUUUACAAUACUUAUGGCAAGGUCUUUUGGUUCAGGACGAUGCACCGUUAGCUCGUGCUGCUGCCUCCCAAAGAGGUUAUGCCACUGCCGAACCAGCACUGCUUGUCGUCCAUGCUCUACACCAGUUGCUUCUGUUUGUCACUCGUACUCUGCUGGAACUGACGUGGGCGUCAUUACCCGUCCCUCGAUUCUACUACCCAUCUUUGGGGCGUGAUGAUGAGUGGCUUCCAGUGGAGGCAGCGGCGUGGGCAGUGAGGGACGCUGGUCUUUGUGCAUUAGAGAGAAUGCUGGCGGCGGUCAAUGAAGCCAACGCCGACCGCGUGGCUCCUGAAGUAGCUCGGUGGGUGGUCGAUAUGGCUAGCCAUUGUUAUGACGGCAGUCACGAUAAGAGUGAACCACCCAAACUGAUUCCGCUGUUUUGCGCUGACAACGUCAGCCCUCCGCCUGAUCAGUACGCUUAUCUUGAAAGGUUUGGUCUUGAGCGAGAUGCUAUUCUUCAAUUCUACGCUCUGGGCCACGAUUUGUACCACUACAAUCCGGUCAACUGGCCAGAAAUGCCUACGCCACAAUCACCUGACCAGUGGCGCGCAGUACGUGAAAAUUUCGAGCAAAACAAGCCACGUUUCGCCCCUAUCGUCGUCGAAUAUAACCGCGAUGAGAUGCAACACCGCCUUAAGCAGUGGUCGCUGAAGUUCUUUGACUUUGUUGCUCAGUUUGUCACCCUUUUUGACGGUGUUACCGAUAAAAUUGUUGAAUGGUGUGCCACUUGUACUCCUGACUGCGGUAUCGUUCUCGCCGAGAAAUACUUGUUCACUCAGGUGGGCACUCCUCGUCAACGCGCCCGUAUUCUUUGUGUGGUGUGUGGCCUUUUGGUGAAAGGAGGUGAGACUCAAGAGUCUGCUGAAAAGCUUUUCCAGUCGCUUAUGGAGGAGCUUUAUCUGGUUUUGAAUAACCAGGAGACGUCGGCAACGCUGAUCCCCGAAGCCGAUUCUCCCUUGGUGCCGCUACUCAGAUUGCUUGAACGAGCACUUGUGUGGAACCGCAUUCCUGAUCUGGCUUUGCAGCAAAAGUUACUGGCUGACCUCACCAAGAUAACUUACUUGAAGAUGUCCAGGGACGACGAACGCCGCUUAGUACAACCGAUGCUUCAUCUUAAGGACUUUGCCAAUGUCGUUCAAGCGCUUGCUGUUUGUCGUGUGGCAUUAGUCUAUGCGCUUGACCCUGCCCACCGGGACGACAUUGCCAACCUGACUCUACUUGGUGAGGUGAUGAAGGUGGUCUCGCAAACCACCUCGCAACCGUUAAAGACGGACCAAGCCGAGAUCGAUGAGCUAAAGAAACUGGUGAUUAUUCUUUUGCGUACGGUGUUUGAACUGUCUUCAGUGUUGCGCCACCUAUUCGCUCUGGACUUGCCUCAGGUACUUUUCCACGGCGUAUUACGCCCUCGUCGUGAAUUGCAAACGCUUUUGCUCCAAACACUGCUGUUGGUGCUUCGUGAGCCUCUGACUUAUAUUAGUUGUAUCAGCGAUGAGGUGAGACUAGAGGACUAUUCCGGUGGUUCUCUUGAUCCUGAAGGCAAAAUGAUGGUAACGAAAACUCCCAGUGAGGAUAAACCCCCGGCAAGAGCUGAAGAUGGCAAGAUUCCCGACUCUGAAUACAGGUCCACCGGUAUCGUUGCUCUUAUUCUUGAUCAAUUACAACAAGCUUGCCAAAAGCAAUGGUGGAUCACACCCGAGGGUGUCACUCCCAAGAAUGACGAUCCUCACGACCCGGCUAAUUUGAUGCUUAACCCUGACUUCGGCUACGUGCUGUUCCUUUUGCUUUCACUCACUGAGCUUCUUGGUUCGUAUAUGGAUGCCAAGCGCGAAUUGAUCCAAUAUGGUGGCUUCAAUGCUGUGGCGUUCAUCAUCGACAACUUAGUGUCUACGGGAGACUCUCUCCAAGUUGAAGUGAGACGCCAGGUGGUGCUGAGCCUCUCUCGUCUCUGUUUGCUUGCCCUUGUUCUGACGCCAGUAUUGGAUUCUGCUAAUGAUCCUCAACCGAAAGAGGAAGACCCUGAGAUGGCGUCGAUCAGAAAACAUGCGGUGGAAACUACCCUCGAAAUCAUUGGUGCCACCGUGUCGUCCAAUGAUAACCCAGGAGGUCGCUACCGUAAGCUCGCUGAUGUCCUUGAGAUGGUGGCGCAAGUGCUUCUGCCGAAAUUCCGUGAGAGUGCCUUUCCCUUGCUCAAUCGGUUGGCCACUCAAUGGGAUCAAUAUUACAUCACUAAAGCGUGGUUGGAUCACGAUAUCGGUACCCAUUUGACUAAGGUGAUCUGCUCGAUAGACUUGAAUUUCCCUGACUGGCCUGGUGUCGUGAAACAUGCUUUGAAGCUGUUGAUCACUCUUUCUAAGCUGAAGCUCGAAUUAGCUCAAUACUUGGAAGUGCCCGCUGGUGAAGGUGAAGCCGAACCUGACCAUGACAACCUGGAAGACAACGGUUCCGAUGAUGAAGACGUUGACAUGGACGACCCUCCCAAUAUGUUCCGCCACUCCACUUUAGGGAUGUAUGAUGACGACGACGAGCUGGAUGAAGACGAUGACAGUGACGAUUUCGGCGGUGAACUGUUACUUUCUGAUGGCGAGGAACCUCCCGAUGACGAUGAGCUGCUGGGUCUUUCUGAUUUGGAAGAUGACGAGGAAAUGAUGGCUGAAGAUCUGGAUAACGAAGACCUUGAAAUCGUCGAGGAAAUUACCCUCAGUGACAACGACUUCGACGGGUUCGAUGGUGAAGUUGAAUAUGAGGAUGCUGAUGAUGAUGUUGAUGACGAUGAAGAUGUUGACAUUGAAGUUGAAGGGGAUGAACCUGGUGAAGAUGGUGAUGUCAUUUCUAUUGAAGACUUCGACGAGCUGGGUACGUUAAGUGAACCCGAUUGGGACGAUUCCGAAGCUCCCUUGCGCCGUCGUAUUGGUGAAACGGGGCUGGACUUCGAUGAUGACGAUGACGACGAUGCCCCUGAUGAGUUGGCUCACUAUGAGCUUCGCCUCCCUCGUUCUGGGUUGAACGAUACUCCCGCCUGGGCCGACAUCUUAGACUCAUUCCUUGGUGAAUCAGGGGUGUUGCGUACUAGUUUGCGGAUCGGUCAAGAGCGUAAUGUUCGUCACCCUCUUGAAAUGGAAAGCAUGCUCCACAUGCUGGGCCCUCGUCGCCCUUCACGGGACGCUGACGAGAACCUUUAUGUCAAGCUGACCAAAGAACGGUGGGUAGACGCGAUGAAGAUACUUUACCCUGACUUCCGUGAUGCCUACGUGUUUGGGGUUAUUCCUGACAUUUUGCUGAACAUCAAGGAACCUCUGGCGGAAAUGAACCAGCGCAAGCUUGAGGAACAGGAGAAGCAGCGCAAGGAACAGGAGGAAGCGGAAUUGGCUCGUCAAGAACAAGAACGUCAACGCCAAGAACAAAUUGCCAGAGAAAGAGCCGAGUUACCCCCAGUGGAACCGGUGAUGGUGCGUAUUGGUGAUCGUGAAGUGGACAUUGCCGGUACUGACAUUGACCCCGAAUUCUUUGAGGCUUUGCCCGACGAUAUGAGGGAAGAAGUACUCACUGAACACAUUCGCGAGCGCCGAGCUCACGCGCUGAGUACAGGUACCGAUACUCGUGAAAUUGACCCCGAUUUCUUAGCGGCGUUACCGGAGCCGAUGCGCCGGGAAUUACUCCAACAGGAGUCGAUGGCUCGUCAAUUCGGGUUCAACGAUGAUGAAGUGGAAGACGAUGAAGAUGAGGAGGAUGAAGCGGGUGAAGUGACUCAACCGGAGGAGACUGCUACUCCUAAGAUGCAAUUCGCUCCGUUAGUGGACAAACAAGGGGUGGUGCUGUUGGUGCGGCUCUUCUUCGCGCCGAUGCUGAAUAACCAGAGAGAUCACGUUCACCAUACGCUAGUAUAUUUGGCUAAUAAUCGUGAUACUCGAGUGGAGUUGAUGAACCAAUUGAUGGGGGUGGUUUAUGAGGCGCUAGUGGUUAACCGACUGGUGAAGAAUAUCUGGCGGGCUAAAGUGGCUCAAGCCGGCGAAGCCGCCAACAAACUCCCGAUUAAUGCACUGGUGCUGACGCUUGUGGUGCAAACGGUCGAGGCCAUCGAGUACCUUGUACAACAAAACCACGCGUUGAGAGUGUAUUUGUUAGGCGAACACGAUAACCCUUACCUUCGCCCUAAGCCACUGAAACGCCCCUUGCAGCCUCAACUUUCAAAGUAUGCUAUCAACCAUUUGCUCAAGUUUUUGGGUACAGAUCUUGUCAAACAGGAGCAAGUGGUGAUGGACAUGAUUACUGGGGUGAUCCAGAUGGCCACCCGUGUCCUUACCAAGCCCCUGGGUAAGCAAUUGAAUCCCCAAAUUCCCACGGCUAACUAUCGUCAAUUGAUUGGAGUGCUUACUGCUUCUGAUUGCCUGAAUUUGACAUUCCGCAAAGCAAUCCUGGCGAUGCAAAACAUGAGACAACUCCCGAAGACUCAACAAGUGUUCUGCACUGAAUUAAGUGCCCAAGCUACUAGCUUAGGUAAAGCCAUAAUUGCUGAACUUGACACUCUCACGGCUGAAGUUAAAGCUCACAAGUGUGGUAGUGCGGGGCUGGUGAUGGCCAAGUUCUCGCUGCCACUGAGCGAUCAAGCGAAAUUGUUGCGUAUUCUCACCGCCUUGGACUACAUGUUCGAUGAUCAACAAGAGAACAAAGAGCUUACUAAGUUGUAUACUGACUUGGCUCUUGGGAAGUUGUGGCGGGCUCUCAGUGACUGCUUGGAAGCAAUGGAGCUCGAGUCAGAAUCACUGAUUCACUCCACCGCCUUGUUACCUUUGAUUGAAGCGCUUAUGGUGGUGUGUAAGCACCUGAAGGUGAGACAAUUGCCAAUGAGGGAGGCGAUCAAGUACGAGGAACUGAAACGGAUUGAUUUCUCCAAGGAACCGAUUGAGCGACUCUUCUUUACCUUUACUGAUAACCAUAAGAAGAUUUUGAAUCAAAUGGUACGCACCAAUCCCAACCUCAUGCUGGGUCCAUUCGGAAUGCUUGUGCGCAACCCUAAGGUGUUGGAGUUUGACAACAAGAAGAAUUACUUUGACCGCAAGUUGCACACGGACGGUGAUGAUGAGACAAAGAUGGCGUUCACCGUGAGACGUGACCAAGUAUUCUUGGACUCGUUCCGUUCACUUUUCUUCAAAUCUCCCUCAGAGUUCAAAACAGCGAGACUCGAAGUUACUUUCAAAGGCGAGCAAGGUGUUGACGCUGGUGGGGUCACUCGUGAAUGGUAUCAGGUGUUGCUGAGGCAAAUGUUCAAUCCUAACUAUGCAUUGUUCACUAGGGUGGCGCUGGAUGCAACUACGUUCCACCCUAACCGCACUUCGGGUGUCAAUCCAGAGCACUUGCAGUUUUUUAAGUUUAUUGGUCGUGUGAUUGGGAAGGCGAUCUUUGACGAUUGCUACCUUGAUUGCCAUUUCAGUCGGGCGGUGUACAAACGGAUUCUAGGACGUGGCCUCAGUCUCAAAGACAUGGAGCUGCUGGACUUGGACUACUAUAAGCUGCUUGUGUGGAUGUUAGAGAACGAUAUCACUGACAUCAUUACUGAAGACUUUUCGGUGGAAGCUGACGACUACGGCGAACACCGUAUUAUUGACUUGGUGGAGAACGGCCGCAAUAUUCCUGUUACCGAGGAAAACAAACAGGAGUAUGUGCGUAAAGUGGUCGAGUACCGUCUUCAAGAGCUGGUUGCUGAACAAAUGGACAACUUCUUGAUGGGGUUCCACGAAAUCAUUCCUAAGGACUUGGUGCUGAUUUUUGACGAACAGGAGCUUGAGCUCUUGAUUUCAGGUUUACCUGAUAUCAAUGUCGACGACUGGCUUGCCAACACCACCUAUAACAACUACCUGGCGUCGCUGAUUCAGAUCCAGUGGUUCUGGCGUGCGGUGAAGCUGUUCGACAACGAGGAAAGGGCGAAGUUGUUGCAGUUUGCUACCGGUACUUCCAAGGUGCCCCUCAAUGGGUUUAAGGAUCUUAACGGCGCGCUGGGCACUUGCAAAUUUAGCAUUCAUCGCGACUACGGGCUGACGGACCGGUUACCGCUGUCCCACACUUGUUUCAACCAGAUCGACUUGCCCGCAUACGAGACGUAUGAAAAGCUCAGGGGCUCGUUAUUGUUGGCUAUGACCGAAGGUUACGAAGGCUUUGGCUUAGCCUAA